AUGCCGUUGACGAGGUACCAAUCUCGCAACGAGUACGGAUUAGCAGAUCCGGAUCUAUACCAAUCCGCCGAUAAAGAUGACCCCGAGGCUCUCCUCGAAGGCGUCGCCAUGGCUGGUCUCGUUGGCUUAUUGCGUCAACUCGGUGACCUCGCCGAGUUUGCUGCUGAGAUGUUUCAUGAUUUGCACGAAGAAGUGAUGGCUACUGCUUCUAGGAGUCAUGGUCUUAUGGCUCGUGUUCAACAGCUUGAAGCGGAGUUUCCUUUUGUUGAGAAGGCGUUGCUGUGUCAGACCGAUCAUUCACCGUUUUUUUCUAAUAAAGGUGUGGAGUGGCAUUCGAAUCUACAACUGGAGCAGAGUGUGGUUACACGUGGUGACUUACCCCGUUGUGUGAUGGAUUCGUAUGAGGAAUGUCGGGGUCCCCCACGGCUAUUUCUUCUGGACAAGUUUGAUAUUUCGGGAGCUGGAGCAUGCUUGAAACGCUACACUGAUCCAUCAUUUGUUAGGCACGAAACAUCUUCGUAUGAAGCGUCGUGGGAUGAUAUUCAGAGAGAGAAGAAAUCACAGAAAGCAAAGAGGAGAGCAUCUCACUGGAGGAAUGGAGGAACACCCGAAAAUGCACUAACAUCACAUGCCAAAUUGCAUGAAUUAUUUAAGGAGGAGCAUUUAGAGGCUAAUCAUUCAGAUCCAGCGCGAGUUGUAAAGCUGAAAACUAGAAAGCUGGAUGGCUAUUCCCUUAUUUCAAAAUCAGGAGAAAGCUACAUGGGGAAAUUUGUGCAGACAUCUGUCAACAAUGAAGCAGCUUAUGAAAAUAUCUCCCUGGACCAGCCCGAAUUGUUGACAUGGAAUAUAGAUAGUUCUAAAGACGUGGUAACCGAUAUACCUGAAAUCAGUAUGGUGGAUGCUCCGGAAAGGUCUCACGGAGGAACCAGAACAGAGGUUUCAUUGCUAAAUGAGCAGGAAAAUGCGGGUUCUGUUGAAAAAGACAUAGAGACUGUGCCUGAAUCUACUUACAAUGGGUUCCCUGGUACGACUUUAAUAAAGGAUCCACAGACCAAUUUGAAUGGAAAGCAAGGAUUUCUUCAACAAAGGAGUUAUUCUGAAGAUUUAACCAGUGAGGCUGACAAUUAUGUGGAUGCACCAGCCACCAUGGAGUCAGAAACAGAAACAGAUGAUGAGUAUAGUAGACCUAAGCAUAGAUCAGAUUUGUUGAACGAUGGGAAUCAUCAUACAUAUUUUGAUGUGGAUGAAAAGAGGGAAGACCCACCUCAAUUUUCUAUUCUUCAUUCAGUUGGAAACACACCAGUAUCAGAAAAUAGCAAAGGCUCGUUUGGGAAACGGAGCUCUAAUUUUUCUUACUCGGACACUGCAAGCGUAUCCAUUGAUGAUCAAUCUGACGGAGAGAAAUUUUCUGGACGUUUACCUUCUACUUCUAGUAUUAAAAGUGAGCUAGUUGGUUCCUCGUCUCACGCAACUCCUGAAGCCAACAAAGUUUCUCAUGAUUUUAAUGUUCAGGAAUCAGUUAGUAGCAGCAAUGCAGAUGGCCAGACAUCUUUUAUUUCCAAUGAUUUAUGUUCAAGUCCAAGGGCAGCCUCUCAGAAUGCUGAAUCAUCUUCACUGACUGUUCAAUCUUUAGAACCAGAAGUCGUUGAAACGUCUGCAGAACUUGUUAGAAUUAAUCCGGUUAAGGGAGGCGAUGACAGAAGCGAGGUGGAUCCAGUCGAUUCAAGAUCUGGUGCAUCUUUUGAUGUCAAAAACUCUAACUUUCCUUCUGAGACUUCAUCAACUAGUUCAAUUUCUGAAGGAAGCAGAUAUGAUACGGCCAUUCAGAAGAACUGUAUGGUUGAUUAUUCUUCAGAUAUAGCAAACUCAGGCACUGGUCCUCAAGUGUUUGAUGAUAGUCAAACAGGCGAACAGUUACCUGUCGCUGAUAAUGAUGUUGAGACAGCAGCAAACUCAGGCAACGAUACUAAAAGCUGUGAUGGCAGUAGCCUAACAGGAGAAGUGUUACCUUUCUCAGCUGGGAUGGAGAUGGAAGUUUCACCUGAUAUACCCUCUAAAGUCUGUCUCCCUGGUACAAUAGAUGAAAUUCACUUAAAAGAUACUCUUGAUGACGAAACAGAUUGCGUUACAGUGACUAAUGCAGUUUCUGGCGUUGAUUCUCGAAGCGCUGAUGUUGACAAUGAACAGUCUUGUGCCUUUGGUACCAUUGCUGAGGUCUCUGUUUCAGAGUCCCAUGAAGACACUCUGGAGAAUGGAGAGUUCGUGCCUACUGAACUUGAUUGUAAGCUGACUUCUGGUUUUAACUCUGGAGGAGAGAAAUCUGUGGGAGAUGCUUCACCUACUUGUAGCAAAUUCGAGGAACAGAUCUCUGAUUUACCUACUGAAAUUCAUUCCAGUUACAUCCAUGAUGAAGGCGACCUUCCUGGGCUGGACAACAUAUCCACAGACAUUGUCCCGAAGGAAGACCUUGUUGUAUCUGAUAACCACGCUGACAUUUCCAGUGAUGAUGAAAGCGAUGCUCUUAGCCUGUCAUCUACUAAUAUGAAAGGUUCUCUCCCUUGGAGAUCGACCAAUACUUCUAAAUCGUCAUCUGAAGCUACAGACACCUGCCAUGAUACAGCUGUAGAGUCUACCGCGAUAUUACCAGAGAAGAAUAAUUCAGAGUCAGAGAAAACAGUGCAGGAAAGCCCACUGGAAGCGUCUUCAGAAGGUCUGGGUACUUCCCUAGACAAUAAUGACCUCGCAGGUAGUGAAUCUGUAAGUCCCAUGAUAUCUCUUGAUCAAAGUGACAGAGACACAGAAAGAAAAUCUCCUUGUGAGAGCAUUCCUGAUGAAAAUGGCAUAGACUCUUUGCCAGCGAAUAAUCUGAACCUUUUAGAGAGUUUGACUACCGAGCCGUCGAUUAAAGUGAAAACGCCUUGUGUAAGCCAUGCAUUAGAAGAUGAGGAGUUGAAGCAGUCAAGUGUUUCCAGGGGCUUAGAGUUUUCAAGUGUUUCCAGGGGCUUAGAGUUUGUACCACAAUCAGCAGGCAUGGAAUGGAACAAUCAUAAGCAAGAAUUGAAUCUGGAUCCUAUUUUCCCUAGCUUUGGUCUGAUCCCUGAGACCGCUACACCUAAUCAGGAGGACAUGCCACCGCUCCCGCCCCUUCCUCCUAUGCAAUGGCGUAUUGGAAAGGCUCCACAAUCUUUUCUUCCUAACUUCAUGGGAGAAAUAGGCGAAACCAGUAGUUCUGCUCCGUCAGCCGCACCACCCUUGGGAUCUAGCUUGAAUGUUCAAAUGGGGUCAACACCAGAGCUGUCUGAAUCUCUAGUAAGGGAGAAAUCAGAACAACUUCCUGGAGAGUCUAUGACCAGUGAAUCAGAAAAUCCAUUGCAUUCAUCCAUUCAGUUCUCAUCCGUUGCCACUGAUUUGAAUAGUCAUUACGACAGUUUUGGCCCUCAGGGAACUCAGCCAGCGGAUCUUUCCACUGAGCUCCUUGCCAUUCCUAACCACGGGAGUAUAGUGGAUGUUGGUUCUGAAGAGAACAAUCUUUUGGCUGACCAUACUUCUCAGAACCAAGAGCUCAUUUCUUUACAAGAGUCGUCAUCGCAGAUGCCUCAGGAUCCUUCAGCUAAAGAAGAAGAUUUGGAAGACGACACAGAUGUGCAGGUUUCAGAAACCUCAAGAGGUCAGAAAGAUUGUCCUGAAACCGAAGCGUUGACACCACCUCAGUCAGCAAAGGUAGAAGAUAAUGGCCAUUCUGAUCUUGAUGCUUCAAAUGCAGAAACAGCAGAACCAUCAAACUCUUCGGUUCAGAAGAUGACUCCUGCUUCAGUCGGAGAUGCUAUGUGGCCCGUCAACGCUUUCACUGUUGCACCUACAUUGGACACAGAUAAACUAGAAGAGGUCCCUAUGGUUAAACUUCCCCGUCCAAGAAGUCCGCUUGUCGAUGCCGUCGCAGCUCAUGACAGACGCACGCUGAAGAAAGUCUCUGAGAGGGUCCAACCACCUAUCAAAUCAAAGCAAGAUGACAAAGAUUCAUUGCUUGCACAAAUACGAAACAAGUCCGUUAGUCUGAAACCUGCUGUAGCGACGCGUCCAAGCAUUCAAACUGGUCCUAAAACGAACUUCAGAGUAGCUGCAAUCUUAGAAAAAGCAAACACAAUACGCCAGGCAAUGGCUGGAAGCGAUGAGGAUGACGAUUCAGAUAGUUGGAGUGAUUCUUGA